AUGGCGGCUAAGUUUGUGGUUACUUUUGCUGCCCAGGGAGUACUGACCAAGGUCGCUGCACUGGCCACUGAGCAAUUCAGUCUUGCUUGGGGAUUCAAAGGAGAACUGGCCAAGCUCAGGGAUUCAUUAUCCCUCAUGCAAAACAUCUUACGUGAUGCUGCGGAGCAACCAACAGAUCGAGGCCACACCGUCAAAGCCUGGGUGAAGAAACUUAAAGACAUAGUACAAGAUGCUGAUGAAGUGUUGGAUGAAUUCCAGUAUGAAGUUCUUCGAAGUAAACUGGAGCUAUCAUCAUUUCAUCGAUUGGUAUAA